AUGGCUCAACGACCGCGAUUCGACGUGCCAGACGGUAAAGCCGCCAAAGUCAGUAUCAUCGACUCCAGCUUGAGACUAUCGGGUAUGCCGCUCACUCAUCUUAUGAAACCGGCUAUGGAAGGACUCGAUUCAAUGCCAACACUGACAACAUGGUCGUUUCUCGUUGAAAGUUCUUCGGGGAGGAAAGCACUCUUUGAUCUGGUUGUUCCGAAGGAGCCGUUGAAGAAGUUCUCGCGAAAGUACGCUGAUACAAUAAGAAGAAAUUCGAAUUGGAACGUGGAUGUUCCGAAGAAUGUUGCAGAUAUUCUUGCUGAAAACAAUGUACAGCCGUCGGAGAUUGAUAGCGUGAUAUGGAGUCAUCACCAUUUUGACCAUAUCGGAGAUAUCACAACCUUUCCUGGGUCAACAAAUCUCGUCGUUGGUCCAGGGUUCAAGAAAGCAUUUUUACCUGGAUAUCCCGCUGACCCAGACUCUCCUAUGCGUGAAGUAGACUUUGAGGGCAGAGAGCUCAGAGAGAUCGACUUUGAACUCAAGCCCUUCCAGAUUGGCCCAUUUCGUGCCGUCGACUUCUUCGGUGAUGGUUCAUUCUAUCUUCUUGACACGCCAGGCCAUGAUAUUGGCCAUUUAGCAGGUCUUGCCCGUACAACUACCAGUCCAGUCACCUUCAUCUUCAUGGGCGGUGAUUUGUGCCAUCAUGGUGGCGAGUUACGUCCAUCACAGUAUUUACCGUACCCAUCGAAUCUUUCAGAACAUCUAUCGCUCUCAGAUUCUCUCCGUCUUCACCUCUCACAAUGCCCCGGGAGUGCUUUCGACGACAUGAACGUCGAGCGUGGACGGGCCGCUGGUGAAACGUUCUUUGACCCAGCAAUUGGCUUUGAUAAGGAACUGGCGAUAAAGACGAUCAAAGAGGCUCAGAAAGCAGAUGCUCAGGACAAUGUCUUCUUCGUUUUUGCACAUGAUACGACCAUGUUUGGUGUUAUCGAUAUGUUCCCAAAGCAAGCAAAUGGUUGGAAGGAAAAGGGCUGGAAGGAGAAGACUCUCUGGAAGUUUCUGAACGAUUUUGAAGCUGCACUGAAACCUUAG